AUGUUUUUGCUUGAAAUAACCAAUGUUCUUCUUUCUUUAAUAUUUUGUGUUCUUGUGAGCAUUGUGUAUUUUUACAUUUUGUUUCUGAUAUUCAUAGCGAAAAAAGUUUCGUUAAAACCUGAUUUGAAGCUUAUCUACUGCAGAUUUGUUGCUGAGAUAUUUUUUCAUUUUGUUGUUGUCCUGAACAAGUUGUAUUCAAUUGUUGGCCUUGUUUCCACCACGAUGUUUGUCAAAAAUCUUAUCUUUUACCUGAUAUGGCUCUCAUUAGUUAUGGGUACUAUUAAAACUACAAUUGUUUUCUUCAUUACCAUAGACCGAGUUUUUGCAUUCUUUUCUCCGAUUUUCUACCACAAACAUCGGAACAAAAUCUCAAUGUAUUUGGUUUUAUUUUUCAUAUCAUUAUUUGUAUUUUUUGACCAAUUCAUGCUAUUCGGCUACUGUGGGAACGUAAUUGACGUUCCAGUGAACUGCGAGAAUUUCCAGUGUACGGUAAAUCAAUGUUACCUACAAUAUUGGAUGGUUCAUGAGCAAGUGGUAUUUUUUGUAAUUAGCAGUUUAUCCACUAUUUUGUUCGUUCGACUUUUUGUCUGCAAUUUUUUGGUGUUCAAUCAAAGUAGCAAGUUGAUUUCAAAAGCCACCCAAAUCGCACUUCUUGACUGCAUUAUUAUCAUCAUUUUCAAUUUUCUACCGGUACUUGUAUUGGCGUAUUUUCCAUCAAUUAAUUUGAAAACUGGAAUAACUGCGAUCCCGAGAACCGGUGGAUCUUUGUUUGAAUCGAUUAUAAUUUUUAGAAUUAUCGCUAGACAGAAAUCUGUGGCGCCGACUUUUGUGUCACCAGUGUAG